AUGCAGACUGCUUCUACAAACAUUUGUGAAAGAAUGUGCAAUAAGUCCAUAUAUGACAUUUCCUGGCUACUAAAUAUUCCACGGUCAACUGUUAGUGGUAUUAUAACAAAGUGGAAGCAACUGGGAACAACAGCAACUCAGCCACAAAGUGGUAGACCACGUAAAAUGACAGAGUGGGGUCAGCAUAUGCUGAAGCGCACAGUGCGCAGAAGUUGCCAACCGUCUGCAGAGUCAAUAGCUAAAGACUUCCAAAUUUCGUGUGGCCUUCAGAUUAACACAACAACAGUGUGUAGAGAGCUUCAUGGAAUGGGUUUCCAUGGCCGAGCAGCUGCAUCCAAGCCUUCCAUCACCAAGUGCAAUGCAAAGCAUCGGAUGCAGUGGGUGUAAAGCAUGCCACCACUGGACUCUAG